UGUCGCACAACACCUGGCGUGAAGCCAAUACCUAGUGAUCUCUUGAAAACAUAACACCAAUGUGCAGAGUUUACGCAAACUGUACUUGGGAAAAUCAUUYUCAAGAGCUUUGAACCAUGGAAUCGCUAGGACGAGUCGCUUCAGACUUAGAUUCUUCAAUUGCACCUAAUUCAGAAAAGCUCAGUUUAGUCUCGCAGGCGCUUGACUUGUUGGAAUCCAAGAAGGGAACAUUCUUGUGGUUACUUGAUGAAGGCGGUGGAAGACGCAACGAAAUGAGUAUUGUUAAYGGUACCAGCCACGCUGUACUACUCGUUGAAUGGUAUCUUGAAAGGGGCUACGUAAAAGUUCCUCCUCAACCUUACCUUGAUUCCAUGAGUCGAGAUGAAGCGUUGUUCCAUAAUGCUGGCAGCUGGGCCUGUACUGGAUCUAGUGGUAUCGUUACCUACCAAUUGGAACACCAAGUGGUCCAGGGGAUGGAAAGUCAAGAGACAAGGGAGGAUCGAAGCCGUAUGGAUGUAAAAGAAGGUGUGCAGCGCAAGACAACAACUAUGCAGUAUACGCGACGAUGGGAGACAAACAUGCCACGGGCAGCAAGAUCACCAUUGUCGAGAAAAACUAUAAUUGGAAAAAUUGAACCCAUCAUUUACAUAUGGAUCUUAGGCUUGCAUGCUUUCUUUUAGUGACCUUGCUACCUAAAUGCCGAAAGACGUAGACACAGACGUAUAAGUUGGUAAAAAAAAGUUUAGGAAUCCUGCCUGGCUGGCCAAGCUMCAAGCGAAACUAUAAACGAUAUUUCUGCUCUUGGUGCUCGUUACCUUGAACUAGUAGAUGUAUGCAUAAUAAUUUGUAUAAUAAUUUUUGCCGYAACUGUGAUUCAUUCCCGGUAAUAUUCGCAAUGAAUUGAUAGAUACAAAUGUAGUUAUCGUUCAGUACAGCGGGCUUUAUGCAUUCCAACCGGUUAUCUGAUCCUCUAGAGUAUAAUAGAUUAAGUAGAUGUUGACAACCAAAGCAUKUACUUUCAGGUACUCAGAGUGUAAUGGACGAGAAAUAAGAAAGACUGGAAGUCGAAGAAGGAAUAAAUAUUGUCUYUGUAGUAGUU